CUAUGUUUGAUUUGUCCAGAUUGCUGGAAAGGCUUGAUUUCUCUGAGAUGAAAUUCAGCUUCUACUUCCUGGGCUACGAGGUAGAGAUUUGUUCUGUGACCCUUGCUUAGUUUAACUCUUCACGUGGAUCUUACAGAAACAAAAUGUGGAACUUUGCAGUUUGCAAAAAAAUAUUAGAGCACUUGAAAUUACGCAAUGGAUUGAACUGCUUAACUAAAAGUUGUUGUAAAGUGAAGCUAAAUUACUAGUUUUAGAAUUAUUUUUGUUUGCUUUUCUGCAUCACUUGGACGAAAACAGAUACUUCUCUUGAUCCUUGCUGGUAUAGUUAAUAAGCUGGGUUUGACUAAUAUACUAUGCUACAGGAUACUUCAACGGAUCCAACUGAGAGGCUGAACCAGAUUUAGGCAAAUGGAAUAGUCGAAGCACAAUUCCUUUGUAUGACUAAUUACUAAUUACUAAAAUCCCUUCAAAAUACUCUCUUCUGCCUCGAUUUCUUAUUCUUUCUCACCGUGAAGAGAAGUGCGUUCUCAGUCGUUCCGAUGACUGCUUUUGUGAAGACAAGUGUCUCCUCCGUGCAAUCGGCGGCUUCUCAUCGUGAAGUCAGCCUCCGGCAAGACUUACAGCCAGUUAGCGGCGGAGACAGGACUCAAACGCCGCACUUCCUGGGAAUCGGUCUCUCUCUCUCUCUUCCCCGCAAAGUUUGAUUCUUAUCUCCCCAUUCCGUCUCCUCCCGCACGUGCCAUCCAUGUGGUCGUAGCGUGCAAAACGCGAAGCUUGAGACUCCACGUGGCUCUCUCCUUAACAAAUGGGCCUAAGUAUAAAUGGUUCAAAGCCCAACAAAAGAUGCAAACAAAAAGAGAGUUGGUCAAAUAGAAAAAAUCAAAUAUUCGUGUAUGCCAGUUUGAGCCAAGAGGUAGAAAAUGAUUUUAGCUUUGCUUUCUUCUCCGACUCAAAACACGGCGGAAUCACUGGUACAUCAGUGGUGAGACAAGCAGUUGAAGAGUUGCUCAACAUGUUUAGUUCACCUUUGGAAACUCAGCCACACUCAGGCUGUUUUGUUGGACGUGGUGAGUCUCUCAACAGGUGGUUGCUUCAGUCUUAUGUUGAGAGGAUGCAUUAAUUUGCUGUGAGUGUUUCUUUAGCUUUUUCUUUUAGCCAAUUGCAACUUAUGAAGUGUUUAGCUUGGGUCAUAAGUUAAGGGAAAGACUUGGACUCUCUCUCCAGUCAUUUGUCUUCUGCUUAAUUUUCAGUUGUAAUCUUCCUCUUGCAAUAAUAUAUCUGAGAUUAUAUUAAGAGAGUGGAACAAGCAAUCAGGCUUUAAUCAUACACACUUGUGUCGGGAUUAUUACUUGACCCCAUGCCAUGUCCGCCAUUUAUAGCUAAUCUAAUUGUCGUUUACUAACAUUUUUCACUUUUAAAAAAUAUUUAUCUGCAUUACUAAAACACUAUUUUAUUUUAUAUCAUUUUUUUGGUUUUUCCAAACAUCAUAUGAUAAAUGAUAAAUCCACCACCACCAUUACUUUAUUAUACACGUACACACACAGAGAGAGAGAAGAAAAAAAAUCAAAUUCGUGCAUGUCAGUUUGCGCCAAGAGGUAGAAAACGAUUCUAGCUUUUGUUUUAUUCACCGGCUUAAAACACACGGCGGAAGAUGGUGGCAGAGAUUCUGAGAACGAAAUGGAUGGCUAUGACGGCGAGCAUAUGGAUCCAGUGCACGUUAGGAGGUUCUUACACCUUCGGAAUCUACUCGGCGAUCUUGAAAUCAUCUCAAUCAUACGACCAAUCAACCCUUGACACAGUCUCUGUCUUCAAAGACAUUGGUGGUAACGUCGGCGUUUUGUCUGGACUUGUGUACACCGCAGCCACCUUCAAUCGCCGUCGCCCUGACGGACGGGGAGGUAGAGGAGGUCCGUGGGUGGUGAUCCUGAUCGGAGCGGUUUUGUCCUUCACCGGUUAUUUCCUUAUCUGGGCAUCCGUGACCGGUUUGAUUAGAAAACCGCCGGUUCCGGUUAUGUGUCUGUUUAUGUUCAUAGCGGCUCAGUCUUUAACGUUUCUUAAUACAGCCAACGUUGUUAGCUCCCUUGAGAAUUUCGCCGACUAUGGCGGCACUGCCGUCGGAAUAAUGAAGGGCUUUGUUGGUCUAAGUGGAGCAAUGUUAAUACAACUCUAUGAAACAAUAUGCCCUGGAGAUCCAGAGAGUUUCGUUCUUCUACUUGCAAUAGUACCUUCACUCCUCUCUGUAUUGGUGAUGCCACUAGUCAGGAUAUACGAGACCAGCACGGUCGAUGAGAAGAAGCAUUUAGAUGGUUUAUCAACUUUGUCUAUAAUCAUUGCAGCUUACCUUAUGGUCAUUAUCAUUGUGAAGGGCAUUCUUGGUUUACCAUCAUGGGCCAAUACCGUCACGCUUGUAGUUCUACUCAUCCUCCUUGCCUCGCCUCUACUGAUUGCCAUAAGAGCACGCCGAGACAAUAUCGAGAAACCAUGUUAUUCUCCUCUUGUAGACAACCUAGAAGCAACAACCUCUGGUGAGAGCUUGGUGGUGGUUGAAGAUAAAAGCUUGAAUCUCGUACAAGCUAUGCGUAAUCUAGACUUCUGGUUACUGUUUCUUGUGAUGGUAUGUGGAAUGGGAUCAGGGAUUUCGACGAUAAACAACAUCAGACAAAUAGGUGAGUCUCUUAGAUACUCUAACGUGGAGAUAAACGCAUUGCUGUCUUUGUGGAACAUAUGGAACUUUAUUGGUCGGUUUGGAGCUGGUUAUGUUUCGGAUGCAUUGCUACAUAAAAAAGGAUGGCCACGUCCUUUGCUAAUGGCUACAACUCUCGGAGCCAUGACCAUAGGACAUCUAAUCAUAGCCUCUGGUUUUGAAGGAAAUCUAUACCCUGGUUCGAUUAUGGUAGGAAUAUGUUAUGGCUCACAAUGGUCGUUAAUGCCGACGAUAACGUCAGAGUUGUUCGGGGUUAAGCAUAUGGGAACAAUAUAUAACACAAUUUCGAUUGCUAGUCCUAUGGGUUCGUAUAUCUUCUCGGUGAGAUUGAUUGGUUAUAUUUAUGAUAAGACCAUUAUUGGAGAAGGUAACACGUGUUAUGGUCCUCAUUGUUUCCGGUUGUCCUUUGUGAUUAUUGUGGCUUUCCUCGGGUUUCUUGUCUCGUGUGUGUUGGUGUUCCGGACAAAUAAGCUUUAUCAACAGAUCUUCGAGAAGAGGUUGCAUCGUAGAUAAAAGACUUACGACUUGUGAAUUAUUCAGGUACAUAAUGUUGUACAGUGCCAUUUGUGUUUGUAUCUACAUCUUAUUAUUUAAAUUUGUAAUAAAUUGUUGAAUACAUUGUGAAAAUACAAGUACAUAUGUAUUUAUUUGAGUGAGGUUCUUUGUUUUUCAUGUAGAAUUUUAUGUGUUAGUUAAAUGAAUGUAAGCCCUAAAUUAGUCUAUGGAGUUUAUAAGUUGUGUGACAUAAAUGUAAGAACCAAUGUCAAGAUCUUACACAAUUAAUGUCGAGCCACGAUAGAGAUGAGUGUAGCAGCAACGACGAUUUGGUGAACCCUGCAAACGGAAUCAAUCCGUCGAGAGAAAGAAAGAGACGCGGAAUAUCCAACACGUGUCUCAUAAGAGCCGUGCUUUGUGGAGCUUAAUUAAGAGACAUUCCUUCUCUAAUUACAUAGGUAAUAAUCUGCGCCUUGCGUGGAAUGUGAUUAUUAGUUUCGUUAUUUUUUAAUAAAGAGACAUUAAUCCGUUUAAUCUGGAUAUCGGUUCGGUUUUAGGUUAUUUUUUUUUGUUUUUAAUCUCCUAAAAUAUAACUAUCAUUUUAAAUUAAUAUUUAUUUGGUUUGUUCGGUUAAAAUGUUUGAUGUUUUUGUUUUUUUCUCUGUAAUAAUCAAAAAUUACUAUUAUUUGUUUGUUUUCAUGUUAUGAAUCUUAGAUAGUCGUAAUGUCGAACCAAUGGUUUCAUAUUAUAGUUUCUAAACGGAUAGUAGUUAAAAAAAGAAAAGAAAAUUAUUAAAACAAAUCAUUUUACUACAAUUUGGUCGAUAGUGAAAGAAACAUUAAAAAAUAAUAUUUUAACUUCCAAAAAGUUAGAUAUUUCAGUUGUGGUAAAUACUUAGAUAUAAGGUGCUCACGUCAAUGUGCAUAUGUAUGUGUAUGUAAAAUUAUAUAAAGAUGGUUGAUAAAUAUAUAAAUAUAUUGUUAAUUAAUAUUAAAUGACAUUUUUUCAAAAUAAUACAUGAAAAAUAAAAUUCUUAAAAUGAAAUUAUUUUAAAACAAAAAUAUUGUAAAAUUUAUAUAAACUAUAAUAUAUAACUUAUA